AUGCUUGAUUAUAUCAAAGAAAAGAGUGAUAUCAUCAUUACAAAAUAAUAAUCAAUGAAUUCAGUUUAUUAAAGUAGUGAAUCUAGUCCAAAAAAUUUAUUGGGGAACAAAAAGAGAUAAAGAUUUCCAACCAUUUCGAAUGCUUAAUUAAAAUCUGCCAUUGAAUCGAAUUAUUUGGAACCAGAUCAAAAGCACAAUAUCAUUAGAAAUCCUAAUUUAUUAACAGUAUUUCAGAUGCAAUUUGAUAUUUACUCUCCAAGAACUCAAGCUGCUAUGGAAAUGCUUAAAAUAGAAGCUGAUGAUCUCAAUGUUGAAGAGUAUGCAGAUUUUUAUUAAAAGAAGCAAAAUCCUCUUUAGAAUCUUAUCUAAUAUUUACUAUACGUUACAAACAAAUAUAAAAUAUUGAAUGAUCUUCUAAAAAGAAGGAAUCAGAUAAAGCAUAUUUAAUCUUAAGUUACAAAACAAAUAAAUUCAAAGAAUAUUAAAUUUAAAGAUGAAUCUUUGAUUGCCGAGUAAUCUGAAUCAAGGAAAACUCAGAGAGAAGAUCAAUAAACAUCUGUUAUUCUUAGUGCCAACCAAAGAAAGGAAUUAUUCAAUAAAAAAGUUAAUAAGGAAUCUGAAAAUUAUAAUAAGUAAUUAUUAUAAUUAGUAGUUUUAGAUUUCUAAAUAUUGUUUAGGAUUAAAUAAAUAAGUAGGAAGAAUAUUAUAGUAAGACAGCCCCUGAAAUCUACUAAAAAGCAGAGCAAAACAAAUAAAAGUAAUUGGAUUAAAUAAGAAAGAAAUUAAGAAGGAAGAAUUUAAAAGUAGAUUAGAUAUGCCAAAAAAAUAAAUAUGAAGAGUAAUUAUAGUAUAGAGAACAUAAGAAGGUAAUUUAGGAAUUAGAAAAAGAUCUGAAUAUACAUUUUGAAAGAAAAUAAAAGUAGCUCUUAUAAUCAUAAGAUGUAUAAGUGGAGUUAUUAAAAAAGAAAGAAGAAAAGGAAAGAGAAAGAUAAUUGAAGAGAUAAAUGUAAAUAAGCUAAGAAUAGAGCAUGAUUGAAUAAGUGAUGGAUUCUAUGAAAAAGAAAUCGGAUUAUUUAAAUGAUUAUUUACAGAGAAAAUAAAUGGAGGAUCGAAAAAAAUAAUAAUAAAGUUUAAAGAUGUUUGAAGAGAAAUAGAAAAAAUUAUAAGAAUCUUAUACUUAAAAGGAAAAUAAAAAUGUUCAAAUGUAUUUUAGUAAAUCAACAUAAAGAUAAGUAAUUUUAAAUUUAAAAACUUAAGAUCUAACUUAAUAAGCAUGAAAUUUCUCAAAUCAAACAAUAAAAAAGCUUAUCUAUGAAAAACAGUAGGAUUAUGAAAAAAUAUGAGUAGUAUUAGGUUUCCUUGGAUUAAAAAAGAUCUGAUUCUCUUAUUUCAAAACUUCAAGAAGCUGAUGAUAAACUUGUGGGUGGUUUGAAAAGGUAUUGCAGAUGAUAUCCUAAUUAGACAUUAAUCCUUAUUAGAUUUAAGAAAGUAGAAUCUAUGUGAAAAAAAUGAGCAUCGUUUUAAAUUAGCUAAAUAAAAAUAAAUGGAAAAUAUGCUGGAGAAAAUACAUAAAUAAAAUAAAAUUUUAGAAAAAAAUCUUGAGAUUUCUCAAAAAAAUGAUAAAAACAAAUAGGAUUUAGAAUUUCUUGAGAAAUACAAAAAAGAAAUAAUGUUAAAUAAAGUUAUAUAAAGAAACUAAAUGAUAUAGAAAUUAUAAUCUUGA